AGGCUUUGUAAUCUCUUUCGAUUUUUUGGUUUGUUUGUUUGUCGUGUUUAUUUAGCUUUCUUUCCGUCGCUUUUGGUCUGGGUUCUGAUUAUCCUUUCCGGCUCGAUUUGUUAAUCUUUGACGAAUUCGAACACAAUGGAUCGAUGCGUUUGUUGAUAUUGUUUUGGGUGUUUUUUUUUAACUUGCACGCUAAAUUAUUGUCGAAAUAUCUCCGAUCUGACAAUUUUUAUGGCCUUUGUUUGGCUCAAAACCAUAUGAAUUCAAUUCGAGUUUUCUUUCGGGCUUAGGUUCUGAAUCUCUGACACUGUUCAGUUUUGAAGACGUUUUGGUCUCAAAGUUAACCUCUUUGUGCUCAAACCUCUCCGUUUGUUGUGGGCUACUGCUUUCCCUUCAAGACAGCAACUCGCGAGAUUAUCAGCGUAGCCUUCCGUUUCCUUGUCGGGAAAUUUGGGUUUUGUCUUAGGAAUUCUUCUGAACGUUUAAGGUUGUAGCAAGGAUUGGGUUCCUGUAGUUGGAGUUCAUGAGAGAUAUCUCUCUUUGUAUUGUCAUUGGACUUGGAGGUCGGGUUUGACGCAAAUAAUAAAUGAGAAGACAUGGAAACUUUGCGGAUUCAGGUGCCAAUGUUGCGUACACAGCUGGACAAAUGCAGCACCCGUCUAGCCAGCGAAUGGAUCAUAAUUCCCACUCCGAUUUUCAAGGUCAGUUAGAGGCUUUCACACCUGAGAGGGAACAACCACCAUACUCAGAUUCACAAGCAGAUGGUCAAUGGAGAUGGGAACGUGAAGGUCCAAAUAUGUCAAGGCCGAUGGCAUCUUCCAUGUACAACGAAGCUCAAGCGGUUGAUUCAUCAAGGUCAUAUUACCGGGGCUCGAUGGAUUCGAAAGUGGGAAUGGAUAAUAAGGGCACUGACCGGAGGGCCCAACCUCUCCAAGAGAACCCGAAUACCGGCUAUGAGGAUAAUCGUUUGAUGCAGACCUUUGAAGGUAUUGAACAAAAGUUCAUGGAGGAUAUAACAAGACUAGCAAAGGAGCAAACCAAAGCUGAGGAUGCAGAAAUUGCCCGACAUAGGGAGAAAAUAAACACCAUUAAUACCCGAUAUCAAGAACAGUUAGCUGCACUAAGGACACGACACACAACUAAGAGAGAAGAGAUUAUGAGGAAAGAAUCACAAGCUCGCCAGCAACAAUAUAACCAACAAGCAAUGGCCAUGAUGGAUCAGUAUCAUAAAACUGGAGCUGGCCAUGGUGAACUGUUGCCUCCUCCCGUUCAUUCCCGCGGCUACAUUGGUAAUACCCAAGAUCCAGUUUUCAUGGCUGAUGCACCUUCCAGGCCCUAUGGCUCGGAUCAGUUUGAUGGGUAUGGGGAGAGGGCUCGGGUUCACGGCAGCAACAGAGAUCACGGGUUCGAUUCUAGAGUCGCCCAAUCUGCAUCUAUCUGCGAAUCUUGCUCGCUGUUGGGAAAAACAAUGAACGGGACGUCGUCCGAGGAAUCUUCCGGUUCAACACAGCGGAUCGACUCGGACAACGCCGACCAGAGAGUCUACUUCGUCCCAUUGAGGUGGUGGAAAGAUGCCCAAGAUUCAACGCCUUCUGAAUCAGAUGAGAAAAAAGAAAUCAUGUAUACUGCAACAACGGGGUCAUCUUAUGGGGGCCCAAUGAAGUUGAUAAACAACAUCUUUAACUCUGAUAUUUUGUUCAAUCUGAGGAGAGAAGGAGAUACGGUACAAAAUGGUGAGGUAGGAGAAGUAGGUGUUUCAGGCCGGGACUUUGCUUUGGUCUCAAGCGAUAUGUGGUUGCAGGCUCUAAAAUGGCAUCAUGAUGCCAAAAAUGCUGAGAAAGGCAUGAAAAGUUUCUCGGCUGGAGGAGUCGAUAGGGGUGAUGUUUAUCCAGUACAACUCAGGCUUUCUGUUCUGCGGGAAACAACUUCACUAGGAGUUAAAAUUUGCAAAAAGGACAAUGCAGUUGAAAGCUUCAGAAGAGCGUGCAAGAUAUUCAGUUUGGAUUCCGAGCAGUUGCGCAUUUGGGAUUUUUCUGGCCAAACAAUCUUGUUUUUUGAAAAUGACAUGAGCAAUUCCAAGGAUGUUCAGCAACUACCAGGUCAGGAAAUGCUCCUAGAGUUGCAAGUUUUUGGCUUAUCAGAUUCCAUCAAAUGCAAGGAUUCCAAAAAGGAAGAUGAUGCAGCGAAUGAGACUGUCAAUGGUUUUAAUGGUGCCUCAAGCUUUGGCUUUAGACGGAGUAAUUCUUUGAGUUUUUUGGGAAAAGCUGGAGAAGCAGGGUCUUUGGGGUUGACUGGCUUGCAAAAUCUAGGAAAUACAUGCUUUAUGAAUAGUGCCCUUCAAUGCUUGGCUCACACACCGAAGCUUGUUGACUUUUUUCUCGGGGAGUACAGUCGAGAAAUAAACCUUGACAACCCGUUGGGCAUGAAAGGUGAGAUUGCCUUGGCUUUUGGGGACUUGUUAAGGAACUUGUGGGCUCCAGGUGCAUCAACAGUGGCCCCAAGGACAUUCAAAGCAAAACUUGCUCGAUUUGCGCCUCAGUUUAGUGGCUUUAAUCAGCAUGAUUCGCAGGAAUUGCUGGCCUUCUUGUUGGAUGGACUUCACGAGGACUUAAACCGUGUAAGAUGCAAGCCUUACGUGGAAACAAAAGAUGCAGAUGGUCGGCCAGACAAAGAAGUGGCUGAUGAGUAUUGGCAAAAUCACAUGGCUCGCAACGAUUCGAUAGUUGUCGAUGUGUGCCAAGGUCAAUACAAAUCGACAUUAGUCUGUCCUGUUUGCAGAAAGGUUUCUGUCACAUUUGAUCCUUUCAUGUAUCUAUCACUACCUUUACCUUGCACAUCAAUGCGAACAAUGACAUUAACAGUCAUAAGGAGCGAUGGGAGUAGUUUGCCUGUUGCGCUGACUGUUAACGUUCCCAAGUUUGGGAAAUUUGAAGAUCUUCGGAAGGCUCUUGUCUCAGCCUGCUCUUUACCAGAGGAUGAAACUCUAAUGGUUGCUGAGAUAUACAACAAUCGGGUUAUCCGCUUUCUGGAGGAGCCUACUGAUUCAUUAACUUUGAUUAGAGAUGGUGACCAACUUGUUGUUUAUCGGCUCAAGAAAGAUACAGAUAAUUCUCCCUUAGUUGUCUUUAUGCAUCAAAAGAUGAAAGAGCAGUUUAUUCUAGGGAAAUCGAACGCUACUUGGAAGGCAUUUGGAAUCCCCUUGGUCUCAAGACUCAAUGAUGCAGUCAAUGGAUCUGAUGUUGAAAACAUGUACAUGAAACUGCUUACUCCAUUUAAGAUACCAACUGAACUUGCUACUACUGAUCCUGAAAGUACAAUUGAAGAAGCCCCGGAUGAAGCAGUUGUCAAUGGUACUGCUUCAGCUGAGGAAGUAAAUUCCAGUGACGUGAAGGAGACUGCCGAAUCUGGUCCAGAUUCUGCAUUGAGGCUCUAUCUUACUGAUGAGCGGGGAAAUUUCAUAGAUUCUGAGGUAUUGAAAGAUAAGCCUAUAAAUGUCAAACCCAAGCGGGUGAAUGUUCUUGCACGUUGGCCAGUCAAAGAGCUGGAGACUUACGACACCUGUCUUCUGAGCACCUUGCCUGAGGUUUUCAAAUCUGGGCCUUUAACAAAGAAAUCCCAAGAAUCAGUUUCGCUCUACAAAUGCCUUGAAGCAUUCUUGACGGACGAGCCUCUAGGUCCUGAUGACAUGUGGUAUUGUCCUGGCUGCAAAGAGCACAGGCAAGCCGUUAAGAAAUUGGAUCUGUGGAGACUGCCAGAAAUUCUUGUUAUUCAUCUGAAAAGAUUCUCUUACAGUCGGUUUAUGAAGAACAAGCUGGAGACAUAUGUCGAUUUUCCCAUAGGUGAUCUUGACCUUUCGAGCUACAUCUCCCACAAGAAUGGCCAGACUGCUUAUCGGUAUAUGCUCUAUGCCAUCAGCAACCAUUAUGGGAGUAUGGGAGGUGGUCAUUACACUGCUUUUGUCCAUCAUGGGGGUGACCGAUGGUAUGACUUUGAUGAUAGCCAUGUCCAUCCAAUCAGCAUGGAGAAGAUCAAGACAUCGGCUGCUUACGUUCUUUUCUACAGACGACUCGUAGAAGAACAGUAGCAUCACCAUAUUAUUCACUGACAGUAUUCAAGAAGCUUACAUUACCGGAAAUCAGGUUGAAAAAAAAAAGGAAUAGGUAUAUGAAGAUUUGUACAUCUGUUCACAAUAACAUAUCAUUGGCUCUAUCCUUCAUCGCCAAGUUAACACAGUGAAUGGAUGUUAUAACAGAGUGAGAGAGAGAAUGGGUAAUUCUAAUUCUUCUUCUUUCUUAUUUUUGUUAUGUGAUUCAUAUAUUCUUUUUUUUUUUUAUCUGUUCAAGUUCAAUAGCUUUAGGGUUGAUGUGUCAUUGGAGGUGGGGUUUUGGGGUUUAGAACAAAACCCUAAUGGGAAUGGAAGUUCCUUUGUUGUUGAGUUUUGUAUCAUCUGUGUUGCUGAUUUUGGGAAAUGAUUUUGAUUUUCAUUUAUCUGUUGCUUAAAUGUAUAGAUAUUGUGAUUUGGUCC